AUAAGCGAGUAUAGGGUUUGUUUUCAAUCCAUUCUCUAUUUCUCUAUUUCUCAAAUUAAAAAUAUCACAAUCAAACAGUAGUAAUUAAAAAUAUUCUCUAAUUCCUGCUACUCCAGUUCCUGGACAUGGCUUUGAUCUUUUGCAGUUCGAGCAUUGCACCUAUCACACCAACACAUAUUUCCGGUUUAAAGCCUUCAGAUUACGAACUGAAACCUAGGAAUGUCCGCCCAUUACAGAAGUGUGUUGCUACCGAUGAUGAUGAUGAUUCAAUGAGGAGUCUAACGGUUGAUCUUGAUGCUUAUUUGGUUCUACUGCAAACAAAAGUAGCAACAGGGGAAAACAUUGAUAAUUCUCCAGUUUUGGAAAGGUAAGGUGUAAGGGGAAAUCAGAACUGGAAACAUCCAAGGGACUCUGUUUUACUCGAAGAGAUGUGAUGAUUUGUUUGACCACUUUGUCAGCAAGUGGGAUUGGACUAUCAUCAUCACCUGAAAUUGCUGAAGCACGCAUUACAAAGAAAGAAAUGCGUCGGAAAAUCAAAGAGAAGCUUGAAAUGUUGAGAGAAAAAGCUGGCCUUUCAAAGCAAAAAGAUAACAAGGAAACACCACCCUCCACAGAGUAUAUCCUUCCACUAGUUCCAUCUCCUUUUCCACUUCCAAAUCCCCCUAUGGGAUUGGAAAAGUCACUAGUAGAAACUACUUUUUUAUAAUUACUAGUUGAAAUGGAAUUGUAAAAUUUCAUUCUCAAACAUGCAUGCCUGUUGCUAGUUUAGCAGGCUUGUUCAGCUGUUUACUGGAGUUUCCCUUUAUGGGUACUGAUGGUUAGUCCUCUUCUGUAGUGACAGCUUUACUGUAACGGUGUAACCUCAGUCGCUAAAAACUUUAGUUCUGUACAUAAAAAUCCCAUUGCAAAAUUAGGGAACUUUCUUUGUAAAUAUCAACUGUUAGAAUGUCCCUUUAUGGGUACUGAUGGUUAGUUCCCUUCUGUAGUGACAGCUUUACUGUAACGGUGUAACCUCAGUUGCUAAAAUCUUUAGUUCUUUACAUAAAUAUCCCAUUGAAAAAUUAGGGAACUUUCUGUUAGAUAUUAACUGUUAGAAUGUCGGCAAUAUGCACACUUUUGGAGAUAGAUUAGAAGUUGUAUGCUGUUAUGAUUCACCUAUAUAUAUUCAUAUCUUGGCUUCUGUAGGUUCUGUCGGGCUUUGAAAAA